AUGGCCUCACGAGCGCGUUCAGGCGGCCACUAUCGUCUCGGGUCCGCGGGCGACAUAGAAUGGGUGCGCCAUGAACCGCUACGGACCGUCCCGAAGGGGACGGAUGUCGAGACACCUGGGGGAGAUGGCAACCAACAGGAGGAACAUGGCACGUGGACGACUGACGCCGACGCCGAAGAACAGGACGAUUUUGCAGGCGUGGGAGGUGAGACGGUCGAUGCGGUUCGUUUGACGAUCAUGCAUGGGGGAUGGUGCAGAGUGGCUGCAGGGCGGACGCGUCCUGGACGGUUUUUCCUCAGAAUCCACACAGAGGUUGAGGGGAGCGAGCAUGACCGGGAGGACCUGGUCUUGCCGGGCAGUUUGGAGGAAGCGCGCCACCUCAACUUUGCGGAUUGGAAUGGGCGCGCGAACAACGUCCGCAUGCGUUUUGAACACGCCUUGAGCCGCGAACAGGCGGUAGCUAUCAAAGUGCUCUUGUACGCGUUCUCGUGGUUCUCGGAUUCGGCGGGCAGCUCGGGAUGCGACGACGACAGCGUCCAGCAGCUCUGGGAUGAGCUCCAAGAAUUGCUCGACUGGGCACUGAUGAACGGCUUCCAUUCCGGGAUGCCGGGAGAGAGUCUGCUCUCCCAGGUGGUCUCGUGGGCGCAACAUCGGAUGGAGGCCGCACUGCCCAAGUACGCGAGAGCCAAUGCCUACUACGCUGAGCAGUCCCCACACGGCGACAUCGGGGAGGCGGAGAACUUGCUCUCAUGGGAUGUGGUAGACGUGCAGGGGGAAGGUGCGAAGUGGGAAGGGCAGCAGUAG